AUAUUUUUUGUUUUUGUUUUUUUUUUUUAUUAAAAUUCAUUCGUAUCUUACAAAGAAUCCUACUUUUUGUUUUCAUGAUAUAAUUUAUAAUUUCACGUAUUUCAUAUUGCAAAUUGUUAAUUUGAAUAUCGUCGAAAUUAUUUUCAUGUAUCUUAAACUGCGUUUGCGUGACCUUACCGCGUUUAUAAUCUCGUUGGUUCGAUAGAAACGUUGUUAAAGAUACGUUUGAAAAAAAAUUUGGCUUUAUAAAAUCAUUUAAUUUUAUUGAUUUUAAAUCUCUUAUAGAAAAUUUCUUAGGUAUUUAUUGAUCAGACGAAUUAAAAGGAUAUUAGAUGAGAUUAGAAAGAACAAUAGAAGCGAAUAUUUUAUUUCAAAUCUAUUCGAAUUUGAAUUGUCGGUUAUUUUAAUAAAUUUUCAAGUAUAAAAAUAUACAAAUAUUUUUAAUCAUUUUACGUUAUAUACUAUACAUACGUACAUAUAUAUAUACGUUGUAUAAUAAUUAUUUGUCAUAAUUUAUAAUCAUUAUUAUUAUCACUAUGGUAACAAGAAGGAAAACAAAUCGCAUUUACGCAUUCUUACAUUUAUUACUACAAAACUAUUAUAUUCUUAAACGUUAUAUGCUUCAAAUAAUAUGAAUUAUUAUUAUAUUUGUAAAUUGAAUAUCAUUACUGUAAUACAUUGAUAAUAUAUACAUAUACAAUACAAUGAGAUUUAAAAUAUCUGCUCAAAGUAGUAAUGGUCACAAAAAUUUAGUUACAUGUGUAGCUUGGAGUUCAGCAGAAGAAAUAUUUUCCUGCGGAGAGGAUCAUUUACUAAUAUGCUGGUAUUUAGAAAGUGGAAAUGCACAUUCAACUGUUAUCACAGAAUUUCCAUCGGAUUUCUUUCCUACUUCAAUGCAAUGGCAUCCACGUCCUAAUCAUUUAAUAACAGCCAGUAAAAAGCAAUCGUUAGAUAUACUUUUGAUCACUACAGCAGACGGAAGAUUUCAUUUAGUUAAUAAAAAUGGUCGUAUUGAAAAAAGUAUUGAAGCUCAUAAAGGUGCUGCUACAAUUGGCAAAUGGAGUACAGAUGGUUCAGUAUUGCUUACAGCUGGAGAGGAUGGGCUAAUAAAAGUUUGGUCACGUAGUGGUAUGCUUCGUUCUGUAAUAGUCAGAGGCAAUACAUCUAUUUUAACAUCAGACUGGAGUCCAGAUUGUUCUAAAAUAUUAUAUUCACAGGGAGGAUAUUUAUUUUUCCAAUCGCUCAAUUCCAAUUCUAAACCUUAUAAGUGGCAUGCUCAUGAAGGCCUUGUCUUAACUGUUUGCUGGAAUCAUAAUCAUGGAUUUAUUAUUUCUGGUGGAGAAGAUUGUCGAUAUAAAGUUUGGGAUUUUAAUGGUAGUCUAAUUUAUAACAGUAGUCCUGGUGAUCAUCCUAUUACAGCAGUUAGUUGGUGCAACUCGGGCGAUUAUUUUGCUAUUGGAUCUUUUAACAUAAUUAAACUUUGUGAUAAAACUGGGUGGUCUCAUUCUUUAGAAAAAAUUAAUGCUGGGAGUGUAUACAGUAUAGCAUGGUCUAGUGACAGUACUCAGGUAGCUAUAACUUGUGGAAAUAAUGUUUUAACUGGCCAUGUUAUAGGCAAAAGACUCGAAUGGAAUAAUUAUGAAGCUACCUUAAUUAAAAGGAAAGUAUUAGAAAUUAGAGAAGUUGGUAAUGAAGUUCAUGAAAUUAUAGAAAUAUCAGAUCGUGUAGUUCUAUUGGCAUUUGGUUUUGAUCAUUUAAUUGUGAUUACUCCAGGUCAAUGUCAUAUUUAUUCUGUUACAAAUUGGAAUACACCUGCAAUAUUUGACUUAAAAAGUAGUUCUGUAUCAGCAGUCAUUCUUGCAAAUAAACAUUUUUUAUUAGUGGAAUGGAACUCUAUAACGUUGUACAAUUAUCAAGGUCGUUUAUUAGGUGUCCCUAAAUGGAAGGGUAUGACACAAGAACCUCUUUAUCCACCUUGUAUAUCUUUAUGCUUUGAUACUCUUGUUGUUAGAGAUCAGAAAAAUGAAAAAUUACUACAUGUUUUAGAAAUAUCAUAUAACAAACCAAUUGUUGAAAGUCAAUCGCAUUCUCAUCCUCAGAAUAUUAUUCAAUUGGCAUUAAACCAUAUUGGAAAUACCAGUGAUCGACAAUUAGCACUUAUUGAUAUUACUAAAGAUUUAUAUUUAAUUUCCAUAAGAGCAACAGGUUAUGGACGUGCAUGUAAAAUAGCUGCUAUGGCACAAAAUGUUAUAUGGGCUAUCGAUGCAAAUGUAUUAGCAGCAAUGUUAGAUGCUACUUUAUCUGUAUGGUUGUGUCCUAAUUGUGUACAUUAUAGCGAUCGCAAAAUUAUACGACGUACUAGGAUCGAUAAAGAGAGCAGUGAAUUUGGUAAACAACCAACUAUUGUCAGCGUUUACAAUGGUAUGGUCAAUGUAAGGCGUGGAGAUGGUGCUUUAGUUUCAUCCCAAUUUUAUACUUUUUUCACUAGCUUGCAUCAGCUUAUAUUACAGAAAAAAUGGAAAGAAUCUCUUUCACUCUGUCGCAUUGCUCAGAAUGAGAUAUUAUGGACGUGCAUGGCUAUUAUGGCAACAGAUAAUAAAGAAUUGAACGUUGCAGAAGAAGCAUAUGCAGCUAUUAAAAGAUAUGAUAAAGUUGAUUAUAUUCGACAUAUCAAGAAUUUACCUAAGAUAACAGAAAGAUAUGCAGAAAUGGCAUUAUUAUCUGGUGAUUUGUUAGCAGCCGAAGGUAUACUUUUACAAAAUGGAUUAAUUGAAGAAGCCAUUACAUUAAACAUAAAAGUUUACAAUUGGAAUAGAGCACUUGAACUUGCCAUAAGGCAUAAAAAACAAAUGGAUGAAGUUUUAAAUGCAAGAAGAGAUUAUUUAAAAACAUUAAAAAAAGAAGAAACAAAUUCAAGUUAUUUAGCUGCAAUGAAUAAUAUAUCUUCAUCUUUGGUACAACAGGCAUCAUCGUCAAUAGAGUGAAAUUAUUUGAUGAUAUUAUUAAAAUAUGUAAUAAAAUAGAAAUGUUUAAAAAAUUUCUAUCGUCAUUUUUAUAAAUUAAUUUUCCAAUAAAUCACUAUAUAUCGAUAUUAAAUCAUUACAACUGUAAUUACAUUUGAUUUUACCUACAUUGAAUUAUAUAUUUCGGAAUAGAAGAUGCGCAAGCGUUUGUGUUAUGUAUGUAUGUGUAUUAGUGAAAUGAUUGCGACAGGUGGUCGCAUCCGGUAUAGACGCUACACUGGUAAAGAAUUUUCUGUCUACGUAUUAAAUCUAUAACGACGAAGAGUGCAUCAAAGUUAUACGGAAUAUUUUCCAAAGGUCAAUGAACCUUAAAUGACUAUGAUAUUUUGAUCGAUAUUCACUAACUAUAAUUAAAAAUUAUUAAGAAAAUUUAAUUAAAUUUCAUUUUCUCUAUGUA